CAUAUCUCUAUUGUUAGUGGGUGGGCUGACAAGUUUGUCGCUUCCUCAGACAAAACUCGUAUCGACCUUACCACAAGUCUCUUUUGCAGCCCCGUGAUUGUCCCUCCUAAGCUGAUGUCUACUCAAAAAG